GAAAACAAGAGCAUUCCUGCAUGUCAAGAUCUCCUAUACCAAUAAAGUCGUGUAUAUUUACCAAGAAAAGUUUAUUGUUCGGAACAUUAAAAAAUAAUAUCCAUGGGAAAGGUCGUGGAUUUUGGCAGAGAGCUUGUGGAGUAAGUGAAAAUAAAAGCCGUGUCCAAUUUGGGUAAGUCCAUUUCCAGCCAUAGAGUACUAGUAGUUUAUAUAACAAAUGUGUAAGAGAAAACUAAGAAAAAAAUUAUUAUGUAAUAUUAUCGGCGGAUACGUAUCGGCAAAAGAUAUUAAAAAACUUGAUCCGCCUCUUCCAUUUUCAUUCGAAGCAACGUUGGAAAUACAAUUUAUUCCUCUUUUCAAAGCCGUGGACUUUGAGCCGCCUUGUUGUGGUGUCUGCCAAAAAAACCUUCUCUUGAGCUUUUGUGUGUUUUCUAAGCCAGAAUGUUGAUAAGUU